AAACUAUUUAAAUAGGUCGGGGGGUGCAGGCUAGGCACGUGGAAGAGGGUUCUGCCCUUGUUUUGUACCAGAAUGCCUGCAUUGGACAAGCCGCAGCAACCCAAACCUUUCAAGCAGCGGAAAAGUUUUGCAACACGAAGGCAAGAGGUAGCAGGCAUUCGGUCGAAAUUCCCAACUAAGAUCCCUGUGAUAAUUGAAAGGUAUCCGAGGGAGAAAUACCUACCUCCCCUAGAUAAGACGAAAUUCCUGGUGCCUCAAGAACUUUCAAUGACCCAGUUUGUAACGAUAAUAAGAAAUCGGAUGUCGCUGAUGCCAAGUCAAGCCUUCUACCUGCUCAUCAACAACCACGGCAUUGCCAGCAUGUCCCUCACGAUGGCGCAGGUCUACAAGGAUCACAAGGACGAGGACGGCUUCCUCUACAUGACCUACGCGUCCCAAGAGAUGUUUGGCCAGGAGUGAAGGGCGGACACCAUCUCCAGCGCCACGUCAUGCUGGAUUUUUAAGUACUGGGGGUAUUGCCAAGUCCAAGAGGAGCUCGUCUAAAAUAUUGUGUUUAAGUGCUCUGGUUCGGACGGUUUUAUUACUCUGCGAGUUGCGUCUCCAUUUUAUUGAAUAAAUGUAUUUACCCGUUAGUAUGAUUCACUCUUGGCGCUGAUUUUGUAGCCGACCGGUUGCGUUAAAUUACGCACGUAAUUCAACUAGCCUGCAAAUGCACUGCGUGAAAUUCAGCUAAUAUGGGUUUGAAACUGUAAAAUUUAGCCUGUAGUGUGUAUAUGUGAAUACUUCUGGGAGGUGGAUUGUUUUCAAAGCUGAAAUGGGUGCUUGAUUCAUUUCCCAUCAACUUGUGAAGCAUUUAA